CUGCAGGCAUUUGCUUCGGGCUCCAGGACCAUCUCCUCAUCACUGGUGCGUCUGGGCUGGGACAGUGAAAAUGUUUAGUGCCACCGGCAACAAAUACAUGUACAAGGGACCCCAGUAGGCAGGCUGGUGUGUCGGGGGGCAGGAAGCAAGCAGCGCAGCCCGACAUAGGUGUGCACAUACACGUGCGUGGAGCUGGCCACACGUGUGUGUACUUUAAGAAGAGACUUUAGUUUUGGUUUUUGUUUUGGUUCCUGGGGUGAAUUUUCUGUUGAAACUUUCCCCUCCUAUUUAUUUAUUAUUAUUAAUUUUUUUGCAUUUAAAAAAUUUGAAUAUAAAAGGUGUAAAGAGUCAAACCUUUGAAAGGACUGAGGUGUGCAGCGGACAGCAGAUGGAUCCUGUGGCCAGCAGCUGCAUGCGGAGCCCCCACCCCCCAGCCCCUGUCUGGGGCUGCCUUCGAAACCCCCACUCAGAAGGCAGUGGGGCCCCGGGGCUACCCCACUACCCGCCAACCCCAUUCUCCUUCCACCAGAAAUCAGACUUCCCAGCAACAGCGACAGCUGCCUACCCUGACUUCUCGGCCUCUUGCCUGGCGGCCACCCCACACAGCCUGCCCCAAGAGGAGCGCCUCUUCACUGAGCAGCACCCCGCCUUCCCGCAGCCUCCUGACUGGCACUUCCCUGUCUCCGAGGCCCGGCAAAGGCUCAACCUGGGCCCAGCUGGGGGCUCCAGGGAGAUGGGAGCCAGCAGCCCAGGCCUGGUAGACACCAUGGGAGGCCCGGGCGAGGACUACGGGGUGCUUGGGAGCACGGCCAGUGAGACGGAGAAGAAAUCAUCCAGACGGAAAAAGGAGAGUUCAGACAACCAAGAGAACCGAGCGAAGCCAGAAGGCAGCAGCAAGGCCCGGAAGGAGAGGACAGCCUUCACCAAGGAACAGCUUCGGGAGCUGGAGGCUGAGUUUGCUCACCAUAACUACCUGACCCGGCUCCGGAGAUAUGAGAUCGCGGUGAACCUGGACCUCUCCGAGCGGCAGGUGAAAGUGUGGUUCCAGAAUCGAAGGAUGAAGUGGAAGCGUGUGAAAGGGGGUCAGCCUGUCUCCCCGCAUGGGCAGGACCCUGAGGAUGGGGACUCUGCAGCCUCUCCAAGUUCAGAGUGAGGUUCUUCAUGGGGAAAAAAAAAAAAAAAAGACUAAGGACUGAGCCCUCUCCCCAGCAA